CCCCAACGGGACCACCGACGGGGAUCGAUCCUAAACCAUCACGCGAGCGCUUUACCACUGGGCUACGACCCGCCCCUCUCGGAGGUGAGAAGCACAACAGCAAUAAACAGCACUACGAUACUUUCUUUUAAUUCUCCGACGCCAUAUAACCGUAAAUAAAAUGUUUUAAGUGCGUCGUUAAAUAAAACAUUUCCUUCCCCAGUACUAACACGACACCAUCAUGGCCCUGACCGACAUCAUGGACGAUGUCGACUACAACCACAAGAACUUCAACGACGACGAGGUCCUACACCGACACCCGCUGUGGCUGACCGAGUCGCACUUCAUCUACAACUUGUUACGGGAUUCUCACGGGCGGCUCUACUGCAGGAAAAACAUCAACGGAGACGUCAUUUGCUCGCCCAGACAACUGAACCUGUUAUGCAUGAAGAAACUAGUCACCAACCCGAUACGGAUGCAGAAGUUCAAGUUCAACGAAGUUCCCUUUGACCUCUACCCUGCACUCCUGACCGAGGCCAUUUUCCAAAGAGAGCUGCAGACGAUCACAUUCCUCGUGUCCACGUGGCCACAGAAGGUGCUGGACAUCCAGAGUAUCCUUCCGCUGGAGGACGUCUUGCCUCAGAACUAUCUCACGAUGCCCGUGGAAGGACAAGGCAGCACGUCGCUGGUCGACAGUUUCAUGUUGGGUCUACUCACCCUCAAGCCUCACGCCAAGUUGAAACUCAUCAACUUCAAUGGAUUCAAGAAUGACAGAAAACUUUGUCGCGAAUUGUCGCGCUUACCGAUUCUGUGGCUGACUCCUGCCGACCGACAAGUUGGAUACGUUCACAGUCUCAUCAGAAAGACUCUAGGUAUUAGCAGAGAUAAGGUUCAGCGAUAUCUCAACAGGAUCGCCUGCAUCUACUCUCUCAUUGACCCCUGCAUCAGGCAUGGCAACAAAAUAGGACCCGUUACUAUAGUGAUCGACUGUAAAGUCACACUUGAUGAUGUUCCUAUUGGUCUUGCCUUACAACACGUGACUCCAUUUCGUUUCGUGUGUAAGCGGCUGUGGACGGAACCCAUCGCAGAAGUGACGUUACCCACCAAACUCAUUCCUAAUGUUCUUGAUCCUCGGUACAUAUCCCACCUAGAUGUGACAGACGAAAAUCUUUGUUCCGAUCUCAACAAAUUCGACGGCCUGCUCGAGGCGCUGCUGCUAAUGCCCAACAUCGAGGCGCUGAGUCUUCCAAACACCGUACACGCCAACAUCCACAGCAACGCCGCCUACGAACUCAACCAGGUCCUGCAGCAACUACACCGUCUGCGGAAACUAAACUUCUGGUCGUGCAACCUGCGGGACAACCUUGACCUUCUGCUGAACGACCUCGACCUUCCAGUGAUCUAUCUGAAUCUUCGAGACUGUCGCCUGAGCAAGACGGACAUUCAGUUCUUGCUUCAGUGGGGGCCUCUUUCCGGACUGAGGGAGCUGAACCUCAGUCGAAACAACAUGAAGAGUCUGGUGAACCUUGCGGUUUCUCUCAUCCAGCGACUGCCACAGGUUAUCUGUUUUUCUAUGUCCUACUGCUGCUUCUCUGUGAUAGGCAUCAAGCAAAUUGUGAGAGGGUGUCUCGACUGCCCUAGUUUGAAAAUACUUGGAAUCCAGCCGUUCACUCCAGCCCCUGUGGAGGACAUAAAGUAUAUCCUUGAAGACUGUGCCAACAUUCCAUCCCUACAAAGGCUGCUUCUGUUGCCAGAGGCGUACGCUUUUCCGGGAAACAACGAGCUGUCGAGGUUUCAGAACAGAGAAAUUCUUAUUCGGAUAUGUAAUGAAUUUCUGGACGCGUUGGAAAGACCUGAUAUUGAAUUCGAAUAAUGUUAGUGUAAAACGUACAUGUAAAACGCAAGUGGAUACAGUUAUAAACCGAUAUUGACUAAGAACUUGGGAUGGAGUAAAAAUUGUGCGAGUUCAUAAUGUUUUUGACAAUGUGUUUUUUAUCGCUCAGACCAAAAAAUCUGUAACCAUUUCCCAUCAUGUUUAAAAUUUAAUUAUCUAUGCACCUCAUUUUAGUGAAAUAUGACAUAAGAAGACGAUGAAGAAGAAAACUCGAACAAAACAAGCUGAGUUAUCAAAUUUACAGUUGAUGCUUUGAACUAUUGGCGUAAGAAGGUGAUGGGGGCACAUUUUUAUAUUUACACUCUUUUACACUAUUAUAAAGCAAAAUAUCUGAAAAGUGUGGGGGUAGGCACAUGCCCCCUUGCCACCCCCCGUUUCCUACGCCAGUGUCUGCCAAAUUCGAAAACAAUACCCCAUCCACCAUCAUUACCAAGUUAGAACAAUACAGCCAGUGGCUACUAUCUUCCUUGUGACAUAUGCAUUUCCGCUGUAUUACUACCCAUAUAAAAAUGGGUGCCCAAGUGUGUGAUAUCCUUAUAGACAGAACUUACGGGUAUUACAAAUAGUGUACGACAAAAUACACGUCAACUGUUUGUAUAUAAUGCACGAAAUAGUUCCGUCUCUGGAUUAUUCAAGGACAGAUGAAUAAACUGCGACAGACAACUAAAGUAUAUAUACUAAGUUCAAAUUUAUGGAUAAAUUACUGUAAUAGGCGUCGGAUGACGACAGCAACUAGGUGUGGGCAGUUAUGUAUCCUCUUCAAAAAAGGUAGGGGAACUCUAAUAAGAAUUUACAAUUGCCAAAAUUGUAAGGUAUAUUAGCUGUGGGGAAUGGUUAUACAGUAAUAGUGAAUUAAUUGGGCAAACAUUACAACUGG